AGAACAUAGGAACAUGAGGUCGAAAUGGAACGAAUGAAAAAUGCUGGGAUAAGAGAAGGUCGUGAUUCCAGAAAAUAUCAGCACUUCAUUCACCCAUCAUAUUCCAAACCAAAGUGUUGUUUGGAGUGAGUAAAGCUGUCCAAGUUUCAGAAUGGCAGCAACCAUAGCAGCAACCAUGGCCAUAGUAAACACCAAGAGCCUAAAACUGCAACUCCCACCUUCAAAACCCAUCUUUUCUCUCUUUUCCCAUCUCAACCUUCCAAAGGGUCUAACCUCCACCGUUAACGCAACCGUGUCAGCGACAACAUCUUCCAUGGCGGGCACUGCAAUCGCGGGGGCAGUUUUUUCCACCCUAGGAUACUGCGACGCGGCUUUUGCGGCGUCGCAAAUUGCCCAAAUAGCGGAGGGCGACAACCGUGGGCUUGCGCUGUUGCUGCCGGUGGUUCCCGCCUUAGCGUGGGUGCUGUUCAACAUUCUGCAGCCGGCGCUGAACCAGGUGAACCGCAUGCGAAGCAGCAAGGGGGUCAUGGUUGGGCUUGGGCUUGGACUCGGCACCUCUGGCUUGGUGUGGAGCCCAGAAGCGUCAGCGAGUGAGAUGGGUCUGAUUGCGGAUGCUGCGGCGGGCAGUGACAACAGGGGUCAGCUUCUGCUGCUUGUGGUUGCACCGGCGAUUGCGUGGGUUCUGUUCAACAUUCUGCAACCAGCACUUAAUCAGCUUAACAGAAUGAGAUCAAAAUGAAUUUGGGAAUGGAAUUUUGUAUCGCUUUUUUCAUUGUAACUUGUAUCUACCUCUCUGUGUGUGUAAAAAUUAUCUAUUCAUCUAUCAAUCAAUGUUUCCUUCUCUUUGAUUUCUUUUA